AUGCCGAGCGCGGAACUGUCCGAGGACCGCCUGAGCGCCACGACUUGGCUGGCCAACGAGUCCAUGGUAGCCUUGAACGAGAUGCUCGCCGUGCCGCCUCGUGCCGAGCUGCGCCCGUUGACUGGACCACCAGUUCGUCCGGCGUCCGCGGAUGGACAGCGUACGCCCACGAGAGCGUGGGCGGAUAAUAUUUCGAGGGAGCAAGAGUCGGAGAACGGGCGACCGAAGACUGCUGUCUGA